UUACACGAAGUUCUUUUCAUACUUCGCCAGGAACGCAAGAAAGGAAAGAAGGAAGAAAGACUCAAAGCCAUCAUCUUUGAGUUUCCCUGAUCAAAUUUAUUUGUCUCCUUUGGCCGUUGAGCUUCCAAUUUCAUGUUAGGGUUCUCUUUUUCCCCCCCUUCCGCACAGGAUUUAAAUCUGCAGUCCGAGAAAGAUAAAAUUUGAUAUCUUUAUGUGUAUAUAUUGACUACCACAAGAAGAAAAAAAUGAAGUUCAUUGUUAGAUCCGCUUAGCUUCUGGCUUUCCUUCAAAUUUCAGACAAUACAUAGGUUUAAACCUGCCGGCCUCUUUCAAGUCUUCCAAGUCCCAACCAUCAGAGAUCUGGUUGUCUUCCGUGGUGAUGCUCCUGCUCCUAAAGUUGCAAAACCGGUACUCAGUUCACUGUGGACAAGUCCUCCUGAUCUCUUCCAUCCAUGGGCGAGUGGGUAAUUGGAGCGGUUAUCAACUUGUUUGGUAGCGUUGCCAUUAACUUUGGAACCAACCUCCUUAAAUUAGGUCAUGAUGAGAGGGAGAAGCACUCUGUGCUGGGUAAUGAGGGAACAGAUGUAAAAGCUACGAUGAAGCCUAUUAUAUACUUCCAAACAUGGAGAGUUGGUAUUGUAUUCUUUGCUAUAGGAAAUUGUCUCAAUUUCAUUUCAUUUGGAUAUGCUGCUCAGUCACUUCUAGCAGCUUUGGGAUCUAUACAAUUUGUCUCAAACAUCGCCUUUGCCUACUUUGUUUUGAACAAAACAGUGACAAUCAAAGUAUUGGUAGCUACUGCCUUUAUUGUUCUUGGAAACAUCUUUCUUGUAGCCUUUGGCAACCACCAGUCACCUGUUUACACGCCGGAGCAGUUGGCUGAGAAGUACAGCAACAUUACGUUUCUUCUUUACAGUCUCACUUUGGUCUUAGUUGUUGCUUUACAUCAUUCAAUAUACAAGAGAGGAGAAUUAUUGCUUGCUGUACCGAUGAAUGAAAAUAAGCCCUGUUGGCGCAUGCUGCUUCCAUUUUCAUAUGCAGUUGUUUCAGGUGCUGUUGGAUCAUGUUCAGUAUUGUUUGCAAAGUCUCUUUCAAACAUGUUAAGAUUGUCCAUGUCAAGUGGUUAUUCAUUGCACAGCUGGUUCACGUAUUCCAUGCUCCUGUUGUUUCUUAGUACAGCUGGGUUUUGGAUGGCAAGGUUAAAUGAAGGACUUUCGUUCUUUGAUGCAAUACUUAUCGUCCCUAUGUUUCAAAUCGCUUGGACUUUUUUCUCCAUUUGUACAGGAUUUGUGUACUUUCAGGAAUACCAGGUAUUUGAUGCUUUAAGAACAACAAUGUUCAUUCUUGGAAUGAUUUCUGUGUUUGUGGGCAUUUCUUUGCUAGCACCAGAUGAGUCAAAAGGAGGUGAAUUGAAGGAUGGUUCUUUAGUUUCAAAAACUUCAAAUUCUUCGCAGGAUGAGGAGAGGCUGUUCAUGCAAUCUGAAGACUCCCAAAUUAAGGAUAUAAGAUCAUUUGGACGAGUUAUGCUGAUGAAAACUGCUAAUAUGAUUGUCAAGGCAAAGGCUGCAUGUUCAGUAUCACUAGGCUUCGGGGAAGACUCGCUUCAUGCAUCUUCAGUGCUGGUGAUGCCCAUGGUCUCGUCGAAAAUAACAGGCUUCCGAGGAGGUGGUCUUGAUCGGGCUAAAUUAUUAUCUGCUCGAGGCCCAGGUUGGAGCAAAUUUGCAGUUGAUGAGGACGGUGAGACAAUCCUGGAGACAACUGCAAUGCUGCCCCAAGGUAUCAACUUGGACUAGGAGAGCGUGGCAUUGAUUUGUAGAGACCGACAUGACAAUGUUUACGACAAACUACGCUGGACUGUGAGGCAAGAUUUGGAUACUUCUGCACUAGCUGCUGGCAGUUGAUAGUUUGAGAUAGUGUGAUUGUUUUUCUAGUGUAAAUAAUGUUUUGGUUUCCUGUCUGGUGCAUGUGAUUCUGGCUGCCACCUGAUCAACUGCAUAACCCUUAAAAGAGAUGAUUCUUUUAGAAAUAUGAACUCUAGAUAUACUAAGGUCAAGAAUUUCGAUUAAUUGGUAGGAGUGGGGUGGGACAAUUAAUAAAAACACAAAACUGCUUGUCUAGAAUUACAUUUAUUUAUAUGCGUGUUGUACGGAAAAA